AAACAAAUUUAAUAUUCAAUGUAUAUAGUUUUUGGACUCUACAUAGAUAAUCGAACAUAAUACAAACCAUUUCGAUGAAUACCUUCGUAAUACAAAUUUGACAAUAUUCAUUGUUCUAAUUAAGUGAUAUGUUAUUCAUGUGUUUCUUGAAUUUUAUGAAAUAUUAUCACAUUUUUAAUAUCUGAAAUUGAAAACUAUAUCAAUCACAAAAAUAAUUGGUUUUACAAUAAUGUAAAUUGAUAGUUAUAACUAUCAUAUAUGCCAGGAAAUUUCAUUUUUAAUCUAAAAUUGACAGCUCGAGUGUUAAUAUCAAUGUUUUCAAAAUCAGACGGGAUAUUGACUCGGCAUUGUAGCUGGGUCAAUGGUCAGAUCAAGUCAAUGGUUAGACCGGUUUAAUCAAUUUAACCAGAUUUAAAUUUUAAUUUAAUUUUAAAUUAAGUAACUAUAUAAAUGUAAGUAUAACUAUAAAAUAAUUUUGAUACAACUUUAUAUCAAUGUUAUAUUCUAAAAUGAUAUGAAAAUAAAAUGAAAAAUUCAAAAAAAAAAUGACAAAAACUAAUUUAUUUAGAUAGGUGUUAGGAAACAAUAUGAACUUUUGAUGAAAUCUUAUUAAAAUUUUGAAUUUUAAUUUUAUUUAUUUCACUUGAAUUUGAAAAAACCAGAUUUUAUUAUCAAACUGGAUUACGGGUUUUAAUGAUUUAACUGGUUUUCGACCAAGUUUGCCGGUUUAACUCAAAUCCAGCUUUUAGCACAAUCCAGUGUGAGUCACGGUCUGACCUGGUAUGACAUGUUCGAUCGUACGGCUUGGUCCGGUUUAAAAAAUGGUUAGUACAUUUCAAUAAUUAAAAUAUAUUUUUUUAUAUUGAAUAUCUUUACAGUUAAAAAAAUAUAUAUCAUCUUUGAAUCUAUUUCGAACAAAUCUAAAAAAUAAUAAAACAUUAAAAAUCAAUAAUUAUAACGUGAAACACAAAAUAGUAGUACUUUUUAAAUCAAUUAAAGAUAUCAAAAACCUGCGCUUUUAAAGCGCGAGUCAAAAUCUAGUUUAUUCAGUUAUUUACCUACCAUUCAGCUAACUUGAAAACAUAUAUGAAAAAAACAAAGAGGAUAUUUUUCUCCUACAUUUGAGGCAGAGAAUUCUAAAAGAAGUAAAUAUGGUAUAUUAUUUGAUGCCUGAGGUUGAGAAUCUGAGAUAAUUCAAUGAAGCUUGCAGAAAGCAUUUGGAAACUUGUAUCAGGUCUAUGCAUAUGUAUGACUCAAUGAUGAUGAAAGAGUAUUUGGAAAGUGUUGAUCAUGGGAUGAGAUUACAAGAUGAAAAGAGUGUGGGGCUAACUUUUUUUUUGGAACACAAAGUGUGGGCCUAGCCAAGAGAUUAAAGAAUAGUGCAUAGCAUGUGUGUAAAAUGUUUAUUACAUCGUCUUUUCUAUCUGGUCCAGAGCAAAACCUAAGGACCAUUUUAUUCUAUUUACUCUACUUUGGUUUCUUUAUUGUCUUUUUUUUGCAUCGCAAAAAAGUGUAGAAGGAAUCUCUGAAUCAUUUUUACAAGAUACUUUGACAAAAAAAAUUUAGGUCCCAAUUGUUUCUUGGAGUUUGAGUUUGAUUUUGCGUUUCUAUGAUUAGAAUAUAACAUGACGCAAUUGCAAAUGCAAACUCAAACGAAUAGAUCGGGACUUUAGUAUUCUCCUUCGUGUUUAAAUUUAGAUAUUCCUCUAUUUGGCUCCUUUAAGUGCUUGCUGAUAAGCUCAAAUUAUUCCUUUUUAUCUUCGAGAGUUUUCAUCCACCAGUUCAAUGAAGUCUGUUCUCUAUUACUAUAGCUUAUGUAAAUAAACAAACCAUCUCUUUCAAUAUGUAACAAUACUUUGUAUGUAUGCGUACAAAACUUGUAAAUAUACCCGCGUUUAUCAUAAGAAGAAAACCAUCAAGUUAAUUUAUGAAUAGCUUUGUUUUAUUGUCCAGAUGAUCGAUCUAAAUUAAACAUGUACCCGAAAGUGGGAGAAAACUUCUUUUACUGUACGUUAAUUGAUUUUGUGAGAUGCAUCUAUUAAUAUUUGUUUAUGUCACAUGCAUGGAUUGAUAGGGGAAUCUUACGAGUUAUUACGUUACCGGAACAUGUAUGUAUUUAUUUUAUUAUAACUUUCAUCUGGCAAAAGAAUACCGCACUCAUAAUUUUCACGUCUCUUCUUUAGAAAGAGAAGAGAGAUAGAGAUCAAAUCUUAUGCGGACAUGGAUCAUCAUCAAGAAUCAAAUUCUCCAAAGCAGCUCUUCCCUCUAUCUUCAUCUCCUUUCUUCUCAACCUUCAAGACUAAGAAACAUAUUUUCGUGGGGACUUCUCUACUCAUCAGUUUCUUAAUAAUCUCCGUUAUAUUCGUCGAUCUAGCCCGCUUCGAGCCUCAUCUAUAUUUUGGAUUUUUAUCUUCAUCAUCGAAAAGCCUAACAAAGGAACAAAGAAACAACAACGUAUGCAACUAUUCGUAUGGAAAAUGGGUUCGUAGACAACAACUUGACCUGGAAGAAACGUUUUACAGAGAAGAUUGUCGGUUUCUAGAUCCUGGUUUUCGUUGUCUGAAUAACGGAAGAAAAGAUUCUGGUUUCCGACAAUGGAGAUGGCAACCACACGGCUGCGAUCUUCCACGAUUCAACGCAAGAGAUUUUCUGGAGAGGAGUCGGAACGGGAGGAUUGUGUUCGUUGGAGAUUCCAUCGGAAGAAACCAAUGGGAAUCUCUUUUAUGUAUGCUUUCACAAGCCGUCUCUAACAAGUCUGAGAUAUAUGAAGUAAACGGAAACCCUAUAAGCAAGCAUAAGGGUUUCCUUUCCAUGCGAUUCCCGGAACAAAACCUAACGGUCGAAUAUCAUAGAACGCCGUUUCUUGUCGUGGUUGCUAGACCUCCUGAGAACUCACCGGAAGAUGUCAAGAUGACGGUUAGAGUCGAUGAGUUUAACUGGCAGUCGAAAAGAUGGGUCGGUUCUGAUGUUCUGGUCUUCAACACAGGACAUUGGUGGAACGUAGACAAAACGUUUAACUCAGGUUGUUAUUUUCAAGAGGGAGGUAAACUGAACAAGACAAUGGGAGUAAUGGAGGGAUUUGAGAAGUCUUUAAAGACAUGGAAGUCAUGGAUAUUAGAAAAGCUAGAUUCUGAGAGUAGCUAUGUCUUCUUCAGAAGCUUUUCUCCCGUGCAUUACAGGAAUGGGACAUGGAACUUGGGUGGUUUGUGUGAUGCAGAUACAGAGCCAGAGACUGAUAUGAUGAAAAUGGAACCUGACCCUAUCCACAACAAUUAUAUCUCUGAAGUAAUACAAGGAAUGAGAUAUGAACAUAGUAAGGUUAAGUUUUUGAACAUUACAUAUCUGACCGAGUUCAGGAAAGAUGCUCAUCCUUCGCGGUAUCGAGAGCCAGGAACUCCUGAAGAUGCUCCUCAAGAUUGCAGUCACUGGUGCUUACCCGGUGUCCCCGACACAUGGAAUGAGAUCCUCUAUGCGCAGCUAUUGGCAAUGAAUUACCGAACAAAAUGAAAAAGAGG